AGCCGUCUUGGCCGAAGCUAGAGCUUGGAAGCACGGAGGGCAGUGCCACCAGAAGGGGGUACCGGCCUAGGCAUCAUGAUCAACGCAAGGAAGAAGAUCGUCAAGGACAAGGGCGCAGCCCCUACAGAGCUCGAAGAGGAGGUGGCGAAGGCCCUCCUCGACAUCGAAGUGUCCCCGUCCAGCGAUAUCAAGGCGGACUUGCGCGACAUCUGCAUCUCCGCGGCGAAAGAGGUGGAGGCGAAGACGCGCAAGGCCGUCGUCGUGCACUUCCCUUUCCGGGUGUGGGGCGCAGUAAAGAAGAUCCAGGGCCGUUUGAUCCGAGAGUUGGAGAAGAAGUUCCAGAAGAAGCACGUCGUGUUCGUGGCCCAGCGCACCAUCCUGGACAAGAAUUUCCGGCGCCGGGGGCUCAAAGUGCGUCCCCGCAGUCGGACGUUGACGGCCGUGCACGACGCCAUCUUGGAGGACAUCGUCGGGCCGACUGAGAUCGUGGGCAGGCGCACGCGUAUCAGCUUGGAUGGCACCAAGUUGAUGAAGGUUUUCCUGGAUCCGAAGGACAAGGACAAGGGCGAAGUCGAGGAGAAGCUGGCGACAUUCGCGGCUGUCUACAAGAAGCUCACCAACAAGGAGGCAGUGUUCAUGUUCCCAGACGCCUGAGCGCUUGGCAUCACGACCAACCUUUGCGGACAUCAUCAGAUUUGUGGCCCCUCCGCCUGCUAACAAAAAUCUCGGGCGCCAGGUGGGACUCCCAGAAAACAUAUACAUG